AUGAACGUAAUUGAAAAUGCUGAAAAAGAAUGUGCCGUAUUGGGCUCUUUAUUUCAAGACAUCAUCAAUGAAAUGAAGAACAGUUCAACAUUAUGGGAAGAUUUAACAUGCAAAGCAAACAAAAUGCAUCUUCAAUUGAAAACAACUAUCACCACAUUCAGUUUAUUUCUCGAUGCAUUUCAACGUAUUGCAGAUUUGGCAACGAACACAAAAGGUGCAACACGAGAUAUCGGUACUGCAUUAACACGUUUAAUUCUACGUCAUAAGUCAAUUGAACAGAAAUUGAAGUCAUUUACAAGUUCGCUAGUUGAUACAUUCAUUCAGCCGUUAAAUGAACGUAUCGAGGAAUGGAAGAAAUCAACAAAUACUUUAGAUAAAGAUCAUGCGAAAGGUCUCAAAGAUUACAAAAAAUUACGUAAUGAAUUACGAAAGAAAGCACUCGAAACAACGAAAUUACAGAAAAAAUGUCAAAAAUUACCAAAACAUGAUAUACUACAUAACAAAUUGAAUUCAACUAUUCAAGAGGUCUCCAAUUAUUAUGGAAUGUUAGAAGAACGUGAAAAACAAGCGCUGAGAACAGCUAUGAUUGAAGAACGAAGUCGAUUUUGUACAUUAUUUACAUUAUUAAAACCUGUUAUGGAAUUAGAAAUAUCGCUUGCAUCAGAAAUGAGCCACAUCGAAGACUUAGUUCAAUAUUUAGCCAAACAUACAGUCGAUCCAUAUUGCCUACCAAAUGCAAGCGAACAGGUGAUUAAAGACAUCAAAGGCAUUGAUUACAGUACAAUCGUUGCAUUUAAGACACCACCGUCAUCACCAGGAUCGUUGAGUUCACGUAAAUCCAGUGUAUGUUCAAUCAAUAGUAUUAGUAGUUCAUCAUCGAGUUCAACGAGUCAUUCACGAAGUUCGAAUCUAAAGCAAGUACAAAUGCAACAACAACCACAGUCACAAAUACCGAUACCGAUACAGCAUCAAUUUUGUCAUUCAAACAAUACGAAUCGAUCAUUGUCCAUGCCUUCAAAUGUUGCUGUUAGCCGUCUAUCGAGUGUCUCAUCUCAAGAUUCAGGAUUUACGUCUCAAGAACAGUUCUUUGCACGUCCACCCUCACCACUCGAAGAAGCAGAACGUGAAGUUGAUGGCAGUUCUAGUCCACUUCUAGUUGUUUGUUCAACAUUGAAUGCUUGGGCGAAACGCCCCGAUCUUCCUCUCAAUGGAAAACAUUCGGCAACAGUUACCGGUGCACCUGAACCAGUAAAAGCCUGUCGGCCAGCAAUCACAGCGCACACGUUCGAUCCACCAUCGCCAAGUCUAUUCGAAAAACCCGCUUGGCAAAUCUAUGAAGAGCCAAGCUAUCGAUCCAUGACAAUUUCGGAGGAUGGACCGUAUGGAACAAUAUCUCGUCAACACUCGAUCCCGUCGCGCCGUUGCCGUAUACGUGAUCUGAGCUUGGAAAGACAUUCACCUAUGCGUGAACAACAUUACCAAUCGACUAUGAGUAAUAAUCUUGUCAAUGGACGCGUUAAACCUACUCAACCACCAGUAGCACCUGCAGAUUAUUAUGGUACAAUGACUAAUCGAUUAAGCACUGAUGAGCCUAAUCAACGUCUGCGAAGUUCUACACUACCUUCAGAAGUCAUUGCAUCCGAUGCACGAAACAUUGUAUGGCGUGAUCGGAUACGUCAGAGCGGUAGUGUUUCUUCAUCUCAGUAUGGAAGCUAUUAUGGUAGACCGUCAUAUGAAUCUGCAGAUGAAACUUUAGAUGAGAUGUAUGAAUAUUUAACCAAAAGUAGUCAUACGCCGAUUCACCAACAAAAGAAUGAAACACUUCGUCGAGGAAUGUCUAUCGCUCCGAAUCCAAGUGAAAAGCCAGCACCACCCAUACGUCGCACACCAUCGAUGAAUACAAAUUGCCAACAACAGGUUAAUAAUGGUUAUAUUGAGCUACAAUCACGAUUAAAAGCGCGAUUGAAACGUGCUGAAGAGAUAGCUGGUCAAGCUGACUUAGUAAAUUCACAACAACAACAACAACAACAUAAGAUGAUGACAGUUACCAAAGUAGUGACAAACAGAACAAUUGAUUCACGACCGAAUCCUCCCGAUGAAGAAUUUCCUCCUCCACCUCCUGAUUUUCUUGUCAACAACGAUUCUAAACCACCGGCACCUCCUCCGCCUCCUUGUGCAUCAACAAUAACAAAACCGGCACCAAUAGAUGCUCAUUCAUGUCUGCUUGCCGAGAUCCAACGCGGCUUAACACUACGUAAAACGAUGACUGAUAGAGAUCGAUCCGCUCCACGCAUCAAAUAA